CAGAGCCAAGCAGGUCAAAGAGAAGAAAAAGAAAAGGCGCUCGAGGCGGGCUUGACUGCCACGUGCCCCGGGAGUGUGCUAGAUCUUCUCCCCAAAGCUUGUUCUCCAUCCAUGAUGGCAGUGGCUGCCGCCUGGAGCCAAGCAGUCGCCGAGUUAUGGGGGUUUGAAUUUCCAAUACAGGCUUUCUACAAUAUCACCGUUACGUUACAUCUCACGAAUUGGCCAGGAUCGGCCCUUCAGUCGACUCAAUACCACAUGUACAUGCUUUCUUGUUCAAUUGUAAUGGCGCACAUCGCUUACCUGCAGGGAUCGGUGAAAUGGGGGGUACUUCAGUGCCGGGAGUCUGUUUUUUCGGGUUACGCAAUCAAUACCUCCCCGUUCUUUGGGAUCCGACCGAUCAAGGCAGACAAAUUCAUCGCAGUUCUUGUUUCUUCAUAAUGCUUAAUACUCACUUCAUUCUUACGACAUACCGAGUACCCUCACGCGACUUGAAGGUCUUGGUCGCGGCCACGUUUUCUUAGACUGUCGUCAUUUUCUAGAUCAUCUGUACAACAACGAAUAAUGGCGUUAGCUUGGUAUCGAAAUUAGAGUGGCUUCAUGU